GAUCUGGGAGCAGCACCAGCACGGCUAGGCCAGCAGCCUCUGGAUUCAGCCGUUCAUCUUUGUAUCUCGAACAAGGAAGCUCAUUCUUCUUCGACUCAGCUUUGAGCUUUGGUGAUGAUGAGUGGCUCAAUUGGAGGGAUCUCAUCGCAAGCAUGAAGAUUAUGCAUUCCUCUCCCGCCAUAGCCCUAGUCCUCGCCCUCUCUCUCACCUCUGUUCGCGCCUUCGCGCCGCAACCCACGCAAAUACCUCGGCUGCUGUCGCGCAACCAUGCCUCACGGGUCCGCCAGGCCAGCCAGGGGCCUCUUAGGGCGCCAGCUGGUGUGCGGCUGAUGGCGCUGGAUGAGGCGACGGGCGGUGGUGGGUCGAUUGACCCACAGACCAUUGCCCUGAUUGCGUCCCCCCUCGUGGCUGCGGCGUUUGCCUUCGCUUUUGCCUUCACCAAUGAGAAGCAGAAACUCGCGGAUGCAGGUGGGCUGUUCUGGGCAGGGUGGGCAGCGAAAUGGAGGGCACCUGUCUGUGUGAGUUGAGUAGGUGUGGAGGUAAAGGAUUUCGUCCCGUCGGUGUCGUUGACGGAGAACGGCAAGAUCCAAAGCAAGCUGAGGAGCGUGCGGCUGCCAAGCGGCUUCGAGGCGCUGCUGAUCUCCGACCCCAACGUGCCCAACCCCACUGCAUGCCUGGCCCUCAAGGCCGGACAGUGGGAGGAACCGGCCUACGCGAGCGGACUCGCGCACCUCUGCGAACACAUGCUCUGGGGAGGAGAUAUCAUGGUCAGGGAGGGGGGGGCGGGCAGCACACAGACUCACAUAUGCCCAUACGAAGCGGUGUGUGUCUGCGUGUCUGUCUGGUUGCUUCUGUGCGAUCUUCCGUCAGUCAAAGGCGGCGUGGACGGAGGCGCUGACGCGGCCGCGGACGACGUCGUAUGGGAUGGUGAUGAGCGACGUGCGGCCGGGCCCCGGCAACAAGGACAAGAUCACACAGCCGCUGCAGACACUGGCGCAGCAGUUCUACGACACGUUCUUUGUUGACGAAGUCGUUAUCAAAGAGGUGAGUGGUGCCACUGCUUCCGUGUGUGUGGGCGGCGGAAUGGAUGGAUGGAUGGAUGGCGCUGGUGUGUGUGUGUGUGUGUGCAGAUGAAGGUGCUCGACAGCGAGUUCAAGUUCUUCAAGUCCAACGACGCCAACAGGAUUGGCAAUCUCUUCAGGGACAAAACCGCCAACCCCAAGCACCCUUUCGCCAGGUACACUCACUCACACAUACAUCUGGCGACGAAAGGCAGGCCACAUCUGUGUCUGUCUGCCUUCUGGUUGACCAGGUUUGGUAUCGGCAACGCGCGGACUCUCUCAUCGUCCGGCAAGAACCCCACAGACGAGCUGCAGGGCUUCUACGACGAGUGGUACAGCGCCAACCUGAUGCGCCUUGUCGUCGCCAGCAGGGAAGACCUCAGCACCAUGCAGGACUGGGUCAUCCGCUACUUCAGCGAGAUCCCCAACCGCAACGCGCCAGAAUCGCUGUCAUAUGACGACAUGUCGCCAUUUGACCCCACUAAGACAGGUGCGCCACACACACGACGAGAGUUCUGAUGUAUUGUGCUCUUCCACUCACCCAGGCAAUCUGUUCCGUGUGGUGCCCGUGGCCAAGAACAAGCGCACCAUCCAGUUCUACAUCCCCUUCGAGGCCCCGCGCGGCAGCGAAUACGCCGAGUCCAAGCCAUGGCGGUUCCUGGAGGCCAUCAUGAACGUCGAUGACCCUUCCGUGAGCAAGUACAUCGAGGAGCGCCGCAGCGAGGGGAUCCUCCUGCGGUCGCCCUUUGGCUUCUUCGGCAUCACGCUCACCCUCACGCCUCAGGCGGAGAGGGACCCCAAGGCCGUCGAAGAAGUGCUUGGGUGAGUGUUGUGUUUGUGCGUGCAGAUGCAGGGUGUGCGUGUCCGUGGGUCAUGCGUGUGUGUGUUGAUUUGUGUGUGCAGGUCGAUCUAUCGUCGGCUGUCUAAUUUCCGGCCGGGGCAGAAGAGCCCUGAUACGGGUGGGUCGGUGGGUCGGUGGUGUGGGCGAACACAAAAGCACUUGUAUGUGUCCUGUCCGCCCCUGCAAUCUAUCUCUGUUUUGUGUGGUGGUUGGCCUAUCAUCUGCAGAUUUUGAGAGGGAGAUUGACCAGCUGUUCGGUCAGUUCCGCACGCCGCAGCCCAUCUUUGACGACUUUGAUAUGGCGCCACUCGACAGGCCCUACACACUCGUCCGACGGGUAGGGAGGGACACCAACACAGGCCAGUGCACCGCACCCAACACAGACAGGCUUCCCUUCCACGAUCCUCUUCCCUGUGUCCGGGUUAUCCCACGAGCAGAUUGCGCAGGACUUCCUGGAUGUGUCAGCCGAGGAGGCCAUCACCGACUCCCAGACAGUCAGGUGGGACCGCGCCAUCCUCUCCAGGUUCGUCGAGCGGUACAUGACGCCGCAAAACAGCCAAAUAUUCGUCGCCAUGCCCACAUACGAAGCACAGGUCGGACACAUAAGAGGGAGCAACACAUCCACACUCAUACGGCUGCUGGUUUCCCCAAUUCAGGCGCUGUCGAAGACCGCGAAAAGGGAUGGCUGGCAGGAGGACGACAUAUUCGGCUCCUUCUACAAGCAGGAGCCCCUUCCGAAGUCAAUCAUCCAGGCUUUCAAUCAGGGCGUCACGGAGACGUCCAUGCCAGCGCCUGCGGCCACGCCAGACACCACACAAGAGCCUGCAAAAGCCCCCGCUACCCCUGCCGCCAAGGCGCCGUCAGCAACACCUGCAGCUGCGAAGGAGGAGGUAAUGGUCUGACUACAGCACACGAGCAGAGCGACACAUUGCAGCUGUGCAUUGCCCGUGUGGGGCAUGUCAUGUGUGUCAGGCCGUCAAGGGCCCGGGUGUGUACAAGGUGGUAGACCAGGCGGGCAUCAGGGGCUACCUCGGCUGGGGUGUCAGCGAGGAGGGCGAAGAAAGCGACCGUGUGGAGGGCCGCGUCAUGCUCCAGCUCAGCGAGCCCCUCCCCCUCUCCCCCACAGACACCGCCAGGCAGUCUCUGCCCUUCCCCGGCGAUGCAGACCGGUCCGCCCCGCUCCCAUCCAUCGCAUCACACCUCGUCUCGGCCGUGCUAGAAGACCUUCUCUCGCAAGAUGAUUCGCUCGACCGGCUGUCGAUACAGCCUAAGGGCACAGCAGGGGUGGCUGGGGAGGGGCUGGAGGUGUCUUUCUCGGGACCGGGGGGCGUGGCGGAUGUCGCCAGCCUGCUGGAGGGCGUCAGGGAGGUGCUUGCUAAGGGUGAUAGAGACAAGAUGGAGAGGGCUUUCGAGCGGGCGAAGGGGCGGUUGUUGGAUGAGGUGCGGGAGUUGUGUGCGCGGCGUCCGCAGUACCUGUCGGACAUUCAGCGGCGGUCGGCUGUGAGGGAGGUGCUAUCGCCUCAGGCAGCGAUACCCGAAGAGAUGCUGCCCAUUCUGGUGAGGAAACAUACAUACCCGAGAAGACUCGUGGAUCCGUUCUGUCUGUUUGUCCAUGUGUGUCGUGUGUGUGUGUGUGUUUUCCAGGAGGGUGACAGGGUAUCUUUCGGGUGGUUCACGUCGCUCCUCCCCCGCUGGACCAGCCUCUCGUCCGCAGCGAUCCUCCUACACAUCAACGAUCCACGGCCAACAGUCAGGACGCGCCUCAUCGACUCGCUCUCGCGUGCAGCCAAGGUGCUGGAGCCAUCAGUUGCGCCAGCUGCAGCUCCUGUCAGCGCGCCUCUAGACUACCUGAGGGCGCCGCUGGGCGAGGAUGGACUUGCCUAUGAGAGGGAGUGCCGGUCUGUUGGCGAUGAGAACGCCAUGGCUGAGGUGGUCUUCCAAAUCAUACCUGAGGACCUUUGGAGCCAAAAAGAGGUGAGAAUGGACAGACAGACAGACAGACAGACAGAGGGAGGGUGGGAGGGGAUCAUGGUGAGUGUUUGUGCAGUGGGUGGGGCAGAAGGGCGAGAGCCCCUGCAGCGUGCCGGUCAACGUGGAGGCUGUUCUUCGUGUGGUCCGCUACACCAUGGUCGACUCACUGCGCAGAGUCAUCAGGGAACAGAUGCAAUACGGGUAAACCAAGCCACCCACCCCACCGACCCAUCGAUCCCUCUCUUGUGUCAACAUGCAGGUACGUCGUCUCAUCAUGGCUGGAGCCGCUGGGCGCCUCCUACCUUCUCCGGCUGACCGUCGUCUCGUCGACAGCCCCACCCUCUACCCUCACAGCGGCUAUCGAGCAGUGGCUGUCGACAUACGAGGCCAGCGACCUCACUGACGAGGCCAUCCGGUCGGCAGUGGCCGAGUGCAUGAGCAACAGGGACAUGCUGGGCGACCGGGAGGGGCCGUCAAGGACGGCAGCCGACGCGCUGUGGAGGGACGUCGUCUACCAGCCCGAUCGAGAUGAGAGGUCCGCAACAGCACACAAACCAGCCCGUGUGUGGGUGUGUACGUGUCUCUCUGUCUGUGUGUGCAGGUGGUGUGACGUCGGCUCAGAGGUGGUGUCAUCGCGGCGGGCCAGCCUAGAGUCGCUGUUGAGCGAUCCCGCCAGGAGGCGGGCGCUCGUCAGCCAACCGCGAGUGGCGGAGUUCGUUCAGACAUUCCUCUCGCGAAAGGCACCGUUCAGGCGGAAAGUCACCCUGCAGGUCAGCAGAACGCAGCACGAUGUGAGCAGUGUGGACCACCUGGUCUCCCUCCGUGUCGUCUGUGCAGGUGUCGAAUCCGAAUGUGCCGCCACAGCAGCAGCAGCAGCAGCAGCAGGAGGAGGAAUUGCAGAAAGAGGAAGCGCCGCUGCCCGUUGAGACACCAAGAUGACGGCCGAAACCAACACACCUUCCUGCAGGUGUUUGUGAGAGGGGAGGGAGAGGUUUGUGAAUGCAGUGAGCCAUUUACGUUGAUCGGACAGACAGACAGACAGACAGACAGGCCUGAGAGAGUGCGUGGUUUUCAUGCCAUCCAUCCAUUUUUCGGGCGCUGUUCCUUCCUUCCGUCAUUGAUAAGAGCUGGGUGUGGUGGGCGUUCCCUCCUUCCUCGUCUUGUGUCUCGUUCAUGAAUUUUUCUCUGAAGGAAUGCGUUCUGCAUCCAUCGAUCCACUGACUUGUGGAUGAUGAAUGAAUGAAUGAAUGAGGC